GAGGCGCUAUGCAACUCGCCAUAAAACCAAAAGAAGAAGAAGCAGAAGAAGAAGGCGACAACAACAAGAACUUCUGUCGAUGAUUCACCAGAUAAAGUAGAAGUAGAAUGACUCGCCAUGGAAAGAACUGCACGGCCGGGGCUGUGUACACGUACCACGAGAAGAAGAAAGACACAGCGGCGUCUGGUUACGGCACACAGAGCAUCCGACUGGGCAAAGACGCCAUCAAAGACUUUGACUGCUGCUGCCUGUCCCUGCAGCCCUGUCGGGACCCUGUGGUGACUCCAGAUGGAUUCUUGUAUGAAAAACAGGCCAUCCUUGAAUACAUUUUGCACCAGAAGACGGAAACUGCCAAAAAAAUGAAGGCAUAUGAGAAGCAGAAGCAAGUGCAGAAGAGCAGCAGCCAGCUGGAGUCCAAGUCGUCCGAGAGAGAGCGUGUGGAGCUGUUUAAAACCAGGGAGAACAGCAUAGUGUCCAAACCCAUCAACCCCUUCACAUCUGGGCUGAACAGAGGAGGUGAUCCGGGCCGAGCAGACAGCAGCUCGGCGGCAGAGUCCUCUUCGUCCUCUUCGUCCUCGGCGUCCUCGGCGUCCUCGUCCUCGUCCAGCCUCAGCCUGCCCAGCUUCUGGGUCCCCUGUCUGACUCCAGAGGCAAAGCCCACCCUGCUCAAGAAACCUAGCAAGACGGUAUUAUGUCCCAUGUCAGGACGAGCCAUCAGGAUGAACGAGCUUAUCAGCGUGCGCUUCACCCCGCUGGACCCCAGCCUGGACCGCGUGGCCCUGCUCACCCGCCAGGACAGGUAUGUCUGUGCAGUAACCAGAGACGUCCUAGGAAACAGCGUCCCCUGCGCUGUCCUGCGGCACUCGGGCGCCGUGGUGACGCAGGAGUGUGUGGACAAGUUGAUCAAGAAGGACAUGAUCGAUCCCAUGACUGGAGACAAGCUGUCCGACAGAGACAUCAUCCCCCUCCAGAGGGGGGGAACCGGCUUCGCUGCCUCUGGGAUUGACCUCAGUGCCAAAGAGGCUCGUCCAGUCAUGCAAGUGUGAGGCGAGGCCUGCGGCGUGCACAGCGGUGUCGGGCUGGUUCCACGGACAGCCUAGCUCACUGACUCGCUUCUCCCAGCACGUUUACAACCUUCACCUAUUUAGUUGUCUUUUGUUUUUUGCUGAAAUAUUUUUCUUGUUCCUGUAGCUAACUGCCAUUUUUUUUUCCAUCAUAGACCAUUACAUGUUUUCU